ACCCCUUCCUUGAUAGAAUUUAAGUAUAAAAGACUGGUUGAACAGACAGUCAACAUCGCAUCGCAUCAUUGAAUUUCGCAAUGAGGUAUUUCAUUAUCCUGCUGGCUCUGGUAGCCUUAGGGGUCUGUGCCCCCAACGUUAAACAACGUGCUGCUGACCAGGAUCUCCUUAACAAACAACAACAUGUCAUCCAACUUCUACAGAAAAUUUCCCAACCAAUCCCAAAUCAGGAACUUCAAAAUCUUGGUGCUAGUUAUGACAUUGAGAGUAAUUCUCAUCAAUAUAAGAACCCAAUCAUUGUCAUGUACUAUGCAGGUGCUGUAAAAGCAGGUUUAGUUCAACCACAAGGUACAACUUUCAGCAAUUCGAUCAGCCAACUUCGCAAAGAAGUUUCUCUUCUCUAUAGGAUUCUUUUGGGUGCUAAGGAUUACCAGACUUUCCUCAAAACUGCUGCAUGGGCCCGUAUCCAUGUUAAUGAAGGACAAUUUCUUAAGGCAUUUGUUGCUGCUGUAUUAACUCGUCAAGAUACUCAAGGUGUCAUCUUCCCACCAGUUUAUGAAAUUUUACCCCAACAUCACUUGGAUUCACGAGUUAUUCAAGAAGCUCAAAAUAUUGCUAUUCAAAACACUCAAGAAAAAACCAAUCAACAAAACAUUCUUAUUCCUGUUAACUAUUCUGCACUCUUAUCUCAUGAUGAACAACAGCUAUCUUAUUUUACUCAAGAUGUUGGUCUUGCUGCAUACUAUGCCCAAGUUAAUCUUGCUGGAUACAUUCAAGAAAAGGAUCAACAACAACAGCAACAACAGCCUUUAACUCAACAACAAUAUCAGCAACAGAUUGUAGGAAAAUAUUUGCAACAACAAGCAGGACAACAAGAUCAACAAACCAAUAUUGGUCGCGGAGCUCAAUAUCUGUACCUUCAUCAACAACUUUUGGCACGCUAUGAACUUAAUCGUCUUUCGAACGGACUUGGUCCUAUUAAGGAUAUUGAAUAUGAAAAUGUACAAAGUCUCUAUCAACCUCAUCUUCGCGGUCUCAAUGGACUUGAAUUCGCAGGCCGUCCUCAGAAUCUUCAACUCCAACCUCAAAGAAACCAGCUUAUCCAAUAUGUUGCGACUUUAGAAAAAAGACUGAGAGAUGCUAUUGAUUCUGGAAAUGUUAUUACUCCACAAGGUGUCUUUCUUUCUCUGUAUCAACCACAGGGUAUGAACAUUCUUGGUGAUCUGAUUGAAGGAACUGGUAGAAGUGUUAAUCCAAGGUAUUAUGGAAGUCUACAAGCUGCUGCUCGCAAACUUCUUGGAAAUGCUCCUGAAGUUCAAAACAUUUGGGACUACACACCAUCAUCACUUGAACUUGGAGAAGCUGCCGUCCACGAUCCAGUUUUCUAUCAAUUAUAUAAAAAAGUUAUGAACCUUUAUCAACAAUAUCAACAAUCUUUGCCUGCCUAUCAAUACAAUGAUCUUAUUCUUCCUGGAGUUACCAUUCAGAAUGUUGAUGUCAGUCAACUUGUAACUCUUUUCACCGAUUUCUACGUUGAUCUCGAUGCCGUUACUGGUCACCAAUCUCAACAGCAACAAGAAGAACAAACUCAAUCUCAUGUUAGAGCUCAUAUGAAGAGACUGGAUCAUCAACCUUAUCAAUAUAAAAUUACAGUUCAUAGCGAACAGAACGUGCCAAGCGCAGUUGUCCGUGUCUUCCUUGGACCCAAACACGAUCAUCAAGGCCAACCUAUUAAUAUUUCUAAGAAUCAACAUCUCUUUGUUGAACUUGAUCAAUUUAUCCAGAACCUCCAUGCUGGUGAAAAUACCAUUGUUAGAAAUUCUCAACAAGCUCCUGGACAGAGCUCCGAUUGGCCAUCUACUUCUCAAAUUCAACGAGGAGUCAAUGCUGCUAUCCGAUCCCAGGAACCAUUCUAUAUCACUGAGCCACAUCAAAUCUUCAGUUUCCCUGCUAGAUUAUCCCUUCCCAAAGGUCAGCCACAAGGUUUCCCUCUUCAGUUCUUAGUUGUGAUCUCCUCAUCAAACCCACUUAACGUCCCAUAUGGACCAGUGAUCCCUGAACAAAGUUUGACUUACCAAAAUCAACAAUACCAAGUCGUAAGCGUUGAGCAAUAUCAACAACUGAAACAGCAAGGUCAAAUUUCUCAAGUAGGCGGAGGAAUUCAGCAAAAUAUAGAAGUUCUUCCUGAAAAUUUGGUCAAUGCUCAGCAACAAGUUCAAGCUGUUAGAAACUAUUAUGCUAAUCUUUACACUAAAUACCACGGACAGUACCCGAACACACAAAUCCAGAAUCCUGUAGGCCAAGGACAAGACAUGACAUAUUCUAUUCAAGGAGUUGGAGUUGUUAAUGCAGGUUGGUUAGGACAGCAAGGCAGUUGGAAUCAACAACAAAUGCAACAAGCUCAACAGGUUCAACAACAAAUACAAGCAGCAACGGCAGCGGUACAACAGAGUCAACAGAGGCAUCAACAUGCUGCUCAAAUGAUCUAUGGACAUCAACAAUCUCAUCAUGGUUUACAUAUUAAUUCUCCAUUCGGUCAAUCUGUACAAUCUGGACAACAACAACAAUCUGGACUACAAGGAUUACAAGGUGUACAACAAGGUGUCCAAGGCGUCCAAGCAACUCAAGGUGUCCAGGGUGUCCAGGGUGUCCAGGAUGUCCAAGGUGUCCAAGGUGUCCAGGGUGUCCAAGGUGUCCAAGGUGUCCAAGGUGUCCAAGGCCUGUCGUCCGUUCUGCAAGGAGUACAACAAGUAUUUGGACAGGAUGUUCAAGGAAUGAAUGUUCCAUAUGGCAUGCAAAGAGGCCAGAGUGGAGCUCAAACAUGGCCAAACUCUCAAGUCCAAGGCUCAAUCUCGGGAAGUGGUAUGGUCGCUAGUGGACAACAACACGCUGGUGGCUGGCAAAGUAUGUACGCUCAACCGCAAACCGUUCAGGACCAGAUAGUCAACGAAUACUACCAGAAUAAGCCGGUCUCAGAGGUUAUUGGCGGUGCCAUUUCUCUUGACGGCAAACCUCUCGGUUUCCCACUGGAUAGACCAUUGUCUCUUGGUGCACUCAGCGUUCCUAACAUUUUCGUAAAGGAUGUUCUCGUCUUCCACCAAGGUCAACCCACCAAUGACAUCACUCAGUAAAUAUUCCUACGAUGAAGCGCACAAAUGUUGUUAGUAAUCGUAUGAGAAUGAUUUAUGUGAGAGACUUAGCGCGCACAAGAUAUUGUUAAUUAAAAAAAAAAAAAAAUUAUCGAUGUGAAUUACAAUGAAUUACAAUGAAUAAAUUUGCUGUCAAGAGCAAACGUUUAUUGUAAAA